GCAUAUUGUCUCUGGAUAAAUUUUGAAGGGUGAGAAAAUUCUCAAGAAGGUUUUUGUUUUUUUCCCUCAAAUGUUUAUCUCCAUGCACCGCACUCACCAACCCAUCAACAUCAAUCAACUCAAGGGAGAAAAUGAUGCACAAGUUACAGAACUUUAAAAGCUUUUAAGGAGAUUAUAUGAUCCUGCAAAACCUCUCACCACCAUGAGAACCCUCUCUGUUCUGCCUUUUCAACAUUGCAGUUGCAGUAGUGUUGGUGGGGCUAGCAGCUUCAACAAAUCAUUCAUAUAUUGUUACACUACAAAACCAACUUUCAGUUCAACUCUUCGCUUCAAGAAUUGCACUCAGUUUCCUCUUUAUACUCAUGCUGUUUGUUCAGUGACACUAUCAGAAAUGACCACGGAACAGAGAGAAAGAGAAAGAUUUGAUGUAGAAAAAGCUGGGUUGUUGAUGAAGGAGCUUCGAACGAGCUUUAAUUCAGGAAAGACAAAGAGUUAUGAGUGGAGAAUAUCGCAGUUACAGAGUAUUGCUAAGAUGAUUGAAGAAAAUGAGAGGGAGAUUAUUCAAGCUCUUUUUGAGGACCUCUCCAAGCCCCAAUUUGAAUCCUUUGUAUCUGAGAUUUCAAUGACAAAAGGCUCAUGUAAGCUGGCUCUUAAAGAAUUGAAAUCUUGGAUGAAGCCAGAGAAGGCGAAAACUUCAAUGACAACAUAUCCGUCUUCAGCAGAAAUUGUAUCAGAACCCCUAGGAGUCGUGUUGGUCAUCUCAACUUGGAAUUACCCCUUCUUACUGUCUCUUGAUCCAGUCAUUGGAGCUAUUGCAGCUGGUAAUGCUGUUGUCCUUAAGCCAUCAGAAGUUGCUCCAGCCUCAUCGUUGCUGCUCGCAAAAUUAUUAGAGGAAUAUGUAGAUAAAUCCUCCGUGAGAGUUGUUGAGGGGGCUGUUGCUGAAACAUCUGCAUUGUUAGAGCAGAAGUGGGAUAAAAUUUUCUUCACAGGCGGUACAAGAGUAGGACGCAUUGUGAUGGCUUCUGCAGCAAAGCACCUUACACCUGUAAUCCUGGAACUUGGAGGAAAGUGCCCCGCUGUUGUUGAUUCAAAGAUUAAUUUACAAGUUACUGCAAGGAGGAUUAUAGCAGGCAAGUGGAUGGCCAAUGGCGGGCAAACUUGCAUUGCUGUUGAUUAUGUCAUAACAACAAAAGAAUUUGCUCCGAAUUUGAUAGAUGCUCUAAGAAAUGAACUGAAGGAAUUUUUUGGGAAGUAUCCAAUGGAAUCAAAAGAUCUAUCUCGCAUUGUGAACCCAUUCCACUUUAGACGUCUGGCAAGUCUCUUGGAUGAGAACAAGGUCUCUGAUAAGAUUGUUUAUGGAGGCCAAAAGGAUGAAAACCAAUUAAGGAUAGCUCCAACCAUAUUGUUGGAUGUUCCAGAAGAGUCCAUGCUAAUGAAGGAAGAGAUCUUUGGGCCAUUACUACCCAUUGUCACGGUUGAAAAUAUAGAAGACAGCUUCAAUGUGAUUAACUCAAAAUCAAAGCCUCUUGCCGCAUAUCUCUUCACUGAUGAUGAGCAGCUGAAGAAAGACUUUGUAAAGAACAUAUCCGCUGGGGCACUUCUCGUCAAUGAUGCUAUCAUUCAUACGACAGUUUCCUCCUUACCCUUUGGCGGAGUGGGAGAGAGCGGAAUGGGUUCGUACCAUGGUAAAUUUUCAUUUGAUGCAUUUAGUCACAAGAAGGGAGUGCUGUACAGAAGUUUUGCAGGAGAUUCAAGCACAAGGUAUCCACCAUACACACCUGAAAAGGAAAGAUUGGUUAAGGCCUUGAUGAGUGGUAACAUAUUAGGCAUAAUUCUUGCUUUGAUUGGAUGGUCUAAAGAUUGAUUUAUUUGUAUUUAAGCAUAAAUUUAUGUUAAUUAAAGUUGCUAAUAUAUAUAUAUAUAUAUAUAUACACAAAUCUUGGAUUCAAUGAGACAGCUUCUUGAGCUGUUUUAGGAAUGAUAAGAAUUUUAGCCAUUACACAAUUACCAAAUGAGCAAGUUAGUUUUACAAAGACAUAUACAAAUGGGA